AUGCAGGGUUCUCUCGUUCGUCCACGAGCUCGGUGUUCUUUGCGUCCAGCCUCACCGAGCAUGUCUACAACCGGAAGUACAACAGCUUUGAACAUUGGGACAAGGACACAAUCACACAUCCCAAUGAAACAAGUACGUGCGUCCAAAGAACAACAGGACAAGGAAAAUGUCAUUCCUUUCGUGCACGAGGACGCUUUCACAGACCUGGUGCUGAUUGUUGAAGGCAAGCGUCUGCACACAUCAACAGCACUUUUGUCCAUGUGUUCCCCAGUGUUCGCUCGUAUGUUAGCUACCAGUGCAGACGGCGAUCAGUCGAGUAGUGGAAAAGAUGGUGCUAGGCGGGAACUCCAGCUCCAGGGCAAGUGUUAUGAAUAUGUGCACGAGCUGCUCUACGUCAUUCAUCCAGCCUAUCAGAGGAAAGUUUCAGAUGAGUUGGCGUUCGUUGUGUUACCCUUGGCAGAAGAAUAUCAAAUCUGGAAUUUGAAACAAAAGUGUGAAGAAACAUUGUUAAACACACUGAAUGUUGACAAGGCUGUUCGUGAGGAUGUUCUGCUCAGGUGUUUAAAUAUGGCGGACGAGUUCAAACUCUUUGCUUUGUGGACAAAAUGUUUACAAAUAUGUUCAAAAACAUCAGUGACUCUACAAUCACUACAACGAAGUCCGGAAUAUGAAAAUCUAUCCAAAUUUUUGAAAAGUAUGUUGGAAGCGUUUAAAGGCAGUGGACCCGGGGUAGAUAAUCCCCCACUUUUGUCUCCCUCACUGCAGAAGUCUAGCGCCGUACCAGUUCACCAAGGUUACGGAAACACUCGACGUGACGUCACAGGGACAAAUCGAGAUAAUAGCGUCAGUGCCACAACUUUGGUGGACGACCGUGGCAAAAAAUCGAUGACUCACAUUCAGACGCAAACGAAAUACUAA